CAUGUGUCGUAUACACGCAGGUGGGUCAGAACUAUUCCUCACUUGGUAUGAAUUGGAUCUGACUACCGUUUUCUCCAGGGAUUGUUUUUCCCAUAUAUUAAUAAUUGGUUUCCUCUCUCCCAUCAUCAUCGAACAUCGACUUGUUCGUCAUCUUCGUUUCUUCAAAUUCAUUACCCUCCUUCUCUUCGGUGGUCAAUUUUUGACAUCCUUUUCAGAUCACCCUUUUAUCAUAUUUCAUCCAACCGUAUGCAAAGGUAACACCUGUGUCACUUUGCGCGGCUUCGUCACACCCAAACCGCGUGCCGGCAAGUUCACGUGUAUGACCGCAGUGGCGCACCGCAAAUGGCCUAUCCUACCACCACUAGUGGUCGCAAUUCCGCGGUGGAACUACCAUCCACAGCUGUGUCUGACGAGAAGACAACACAAGAAUCUGGAUCAUCUUCUGUUUCACUGCCAAGCCGUGACGGAAACAAUGAUGCGACUUCACACGACAAGUCGCAAGAAAAGAUCGAGGCGAAUGGUGGCAAAGAAGUCAAUGCGCCGGUGAAAGAUGAUGCAGAGAUUGAGGAUGACCAACAAUAUGCCGGUGAUGAGCAAGGCCUGAAUAAGGUCGUUAGCAGAAAGAGCGUGAGAGAUACGAGUAGUAUACCCAACGGAGGACUCGUCGCGUGGUUACAGGUUCUAGGUGCAUUUUUCUUAUUGUUCAAUACUUGGGGCAUCGUCAACACAUUUGGCUCAUAUCAGACCUACUACAACACAGUACUACUGGUAGACUCCAAUGCAUCCGCAGUCUCUUGGAUAGGUUCUAUACAAGGAUUUCUCCUGAUGAUGGUAGGCGCGUUGUCCGGACCGAUCUAUGAUGCUGGGUAUUUUCGCACGUUACUUAUCUCUGGGUCUCUUCUCCUCGUGAUAGGACAGAUGAUGCUGAGUCUAUGCCACGAAUACUGGCAGGUUCUUCUCGCGCAAGCAUUCUGCAUAGGCACCGGUACUGGAUUUCUGUUCGUCCCUGCAGUAGCAAUCCUGAACACCUACUUCACGACCAAGAUCUCGACCGCUGUAGGACUCGCCGCGAGUGGGAGCUCCUUUGGUGGUAUAAUCUACCCCAUUGUCUUCCAUCGCCUCCUUCCGCAGAUCGGAUUUGGUUGGACAACCCGGGUGAUAGGAUUCAUCAUCAUCGCAACGCAAGUUAUUCCCCUCACCGUCAUGCGCGUGCGAGUCCUCCCCAAAAAGUCCCGUUCCCUCCUCGACCUCAACGCCUUCACCAUCGCCCCCUACAGCCUCAACAUCGCCGGCUUCUUCGUCGGCUUCAUGGGUCUCUACAUGCCCUUCUUCUACGCGCAGUUCUACGCCCUACAGCGCCACAUCACGAACCCCGACCUCGCCUUCUACCUCCUGGCCGUCAUGAACAGCACCAGCAUCUUCGGCCGCACGAUCCCCAACGUCAUCGCCGACCGCAUCGGCGUCUUCAACGUCGUCGUCCCCUGCACCAUCUUCUCCGCCAUCCUGUGCUUCUGCUUCGCCGCCGUCCACACCUCCGCCGCCAUCAUCGUCCUCAUGGCCUUUUACGGCUUCUUCUCCGGCUCCUUUGUCUCCAUCCCGCCCGCCAUCGUCGUCUCGCUGUCCCUCGACGCCCGCGAGAAGAUCGGCACCCGCAUGGGCCAGACGUUCGCGAUCAUCGCUGUCGGGCUGCUUAUCGGGACGCCAAUCGGAGGCGCGAUUCUGGAUCACAGCGGAUUUGAGAGCAUCUGGAUUUAUGGCGGGUGUCUGCUGCUCGGAAGCGCGGUGUUUCUUGUUGCGGCGAGGGUUACGCAUAAGGGGUGGGGGUUGAUGGUUAAGGCUUGAUGGGAGGGUGUUUUUUCCAAGUGUAUCGUAAGGAAAGGGGUUGCGACUGGGUGGUUGUGUGUAUAUAAAAUCGGUUUUGCAUAGAAUAAGCGUGGAGGUAACAAUGUAAAUGCAUUCGCAUUCAGAUUCAAGAAAGGAGUGGCCUGCACGGCUAACUGCAAUGGUUUACCUCUAAGAAGUACAGCAACAUUGCCUGUGCAUGUGGAG